AUGACUGUUAAAACCGUCAAUAAUUUAAGAAUUACUUACUUAACCUUUGAACCAUUAGCAUUAUAUUACUUGAGGCUAUUAGAUAAUUUAAAUAAUUACAUAACCGUUAAAAUUAUUAGACUGUUAUGUGAUUUAAGUAAUCAUAUAACUGUUAAAACUGUCAAUAAUUUAAGUUAUUACUUACUUAACC